AUGCCUCCGAAGCUCCCUACAAUUCCGUCCAAUGCUGCGCUCCAAGACCUCAUUGAUGUCUCAGAUCAGAGCUUGCUCCCCACGGAGUUAUCACCUGUCCAUGACUCAGAGCCCUCGGAAGAAGUCAACGCCUCAAACCUUGCUGGCUGGUCCAGGCAGCAGAGCCCAUGCUCGGUGCUAUCCGUUGCAUCUUCUGGCAGGCUCUUCGCGGAACCUCAGCAAACGCUGCUGUUCCUGGACUGGGAUGACACAGUGUUUCCUUGCACAGAGCUCUUCCACAAGCGUGGCCUACCAAAGCGUAGCAAAGAUUGGACGCCCCUUGAUCCUGAGCUCCUGGCUGCACUAGAGCCCUGGCAGCGGGCUGUGAAAGAAUUCAUUGGCCGUGCCUGCGCCAUCAGCGAUCGCUGUGUCAUCGUCACCAACUCUCGGAAACCCUGGGUCACUUCAUGCCUGGGACAGUUUGCGCCCGAGCUGAAGAGUGCCUUUGAACGAAGCGACGGGCCAAAAAUUGUUUAUGCUCCUGAGAUUCUUAAGCAAGAAAAGAACAAGCGAGAGCCGGAAGGUGGAUUGUGGGACUGUGUCAAGCCGUGCUUAAACGGUUGUUGCGGUGGCCUAGUGCAGUGGAUGGAGAAAGAGAUGGCGCAGAUGCGCGCGCAAGGCCCGCAACCGUUCUUUGACUGCACGCAGGCCAAACUUUCGGCAAUGAAGAGGGAGGCAGCGCAGUUCUACUCCCAAUAUCCGGGGCAGACCUGGAAGAACAUCAUCAGCCUUGGGGACAUGUGCUACGAGCACGAGGCGGUGAAAACGUUGUCGGCAACUCGCGUGCCCCAGGAAUCCCGAGAGCGCCUUCGGACAAAGUCCUUCGUCCUGUUCCAAGAGCCAUCUUUACCUGCCCUCACACUGCAGCUACGGAUUUGGUCCUUGCUGCUGCCCCUCUGUGCACGAUUUGAUGGCGAUGUGGACCUGGACCUUGCCAGGUCCCCAGUUCCCUUUGAGGACCUGGCAGCCGCUUUCAAUUUCCCGCAGCUCUCUCGCCUUCAGCUGCCUCACUUCAUCCGAAGGGACGGAAACAACUUCGAGGUGGACUUUCUCGACCCCCAUUGUCAGUUUGAAGAACUCAAUGCAGACGAACAACGGGCUGCUGAGGAGUUCCUGGACGAGCUGACCAUAAUUCUGCAAGAUGCCGUUGUGAUUCCGAAAUUCAUGAAGGCUGAGUAG